CAAAGGCUGCCCAGGUGGAGGGGAGAAGUUGUGUGGGACUAGCGGCUCCAGGCAGAAGAAUGUCACAGCUGAGCCUGUCCUGGCUGGGACUGGGGCCACUGGUGGCCUCCCCAUGGCUCCUCCUGCUGCUCCUGGGGGCCUCCUGGCUCCUGGCCCGAGUCCUGGCCUGGGCCUACACCUUCUAUGACAACUGCCGCCGCCUCCGAUGUUUCCCAGAGCCCCCAAAGCGGAACUGGUUGUUGGGUCACCUGGGCCUGGUCCUCCCCAAUGAACAGGGCAUGAGGGACAUCACUCGGCUGUUCACCACCUACCCCCAGGGGUUUAUGAUGUGGCAGGGCCCCGUCUUCCCCUUCGUUGUUUUCUGCCACCCAGACAUGAUCCGGGCUGUCACCAGCGCCUCAGCUGCCAUCGCACCCAAGGAUAUGGUCUUCUACAGAUUCCUGAAGGCUUGGUUGGGGGAUGGGCUUUUGCUGAGUGCUGGUGACAAGUGGAGCCGCCAUCGGCGAAUGCUGACACCCGCCUUCCAUUUUAACAUCCUGAAGCCCUACAUGAAGAUUUUCAGCAAGAGUACAGACAUCAUGCACGACAAGUGGCAGCGCCUGGCCUCAGAGGGCAACACCCGUCUGGACAUGUUUGAACACAUCAGCCUCAUGACGCUGGACAGUCUGCAGAAAUGUGUCUUCGGUUUUGACAGCAAUUGUCAGGAGAAGCCCAGUGAAUACAUUGCCGCCAUCUUGGAGCUCAGUGCCCUUGUGACCAAACGGCAUGAUCAGCUCUUCCUGUACUGGGACUUCCUGUACCACCUCACCCCUGAAGGGCGGCGCUUCCGUCGGGCCUGCCGCCUGGUGCACGAUUUCACAGACGCCGUCAUCCAGGAGCGGCGCCGCACCCUUCCUGAUCAGGGUGUUGAUGACUUUCUGGAAGCCAAGACUAAGACCAAGACUUUGGAUUUCAUUGAUGUGCUCCUGCUGAGCAAGGAUGAAGAUGGGAAGAGAUUAUCAGAUGAGGACAUCAGAGCUGAGGCUGAUACUUUCAUGUUUGAGGGCCAUGACACCACAGCCAGCGGCCUGUCCUGGGCCCUGUACAACCUCGCACGGCACCCAGAAUACCAGGAGCGCUGCCGGCAGGAGGUGCAACAGCUCCUGGGGGACCGGGAGCCUAAAGAGAUUGAGUGGGAGGACCUGGCCCAGCUGCCCUUCCUGACCAUGUGCAUCAAGGAGAGUCUGCGCUUGCACCCCCCAGUCACGGCCAUCUCCCGCUGCUGUACCCAGGACAUUAUGCUGCCUGAUGGCCGGGUUGUCCCCAAAGGUGUUAUUUGUGUUAUCAGUAUUUUUGGGACCCAUCACAACCCAACGGUGUGGCCCGACCCGGAGGUCUAUAACCCCUUCCGCUUCGACCCAGAAACCGCUCAGGAGAGGUCACCUCUGGCUUUUCUUCCCUUCUCAGCGGGGCCCAGGAACUGCAUCGGGCAGACGUUCGCCAUGGCCGAGAUGAAGGUGGUGCUGGCGCUCACGCUGCUGCGCUUCAGAGUCCUGCCUGACUACGCGGAGCCGCUCAGGAAGCCAGAGCUGAUUCUGCGGACAGAGGGCGGACUUUGGCUGCGGGUGCAGCCGCUGGGCACCGGCACUCAGUGACACCCGCCCCCCAACCCUGACCCCACACACCUCCCUGUGCAGAGUCCCAGGAAAAAAUUGUGCUGCCACCGCU